CGUAACCGCAUGAAAAUGCUCCAGUGGCCAUUUCAUUAUUAACCACGAUCUUUAGUUGUAUUUCCUGGUAUAGGAAAUUUCCUACGAGCGCCACCGGCCCCCGGAAAAUUAAAACCCUGUCUUUUAGUACGGCACCAACGUCAACGUACUACUUCUCCCAAUCUCUCUCUAUAUAUAUAAAUCUGAAAGAAAUCAAUCUUUUCGAGAACGAACAAUCAACGCCCCCAACCUCUCCGCAAUUCCGUCAAAACAGGCCGAAAUCAUGCUCUUUUCUUCCCCUUCUCCUUCUCCUUCUUCUUCUCAUUCUCCCUCCACACUUUCCUCGUCAUUACACCCUAAUCUUCCUACCAAUCCCUUCAUGACCCCGGGGCUCCACGCCGCCGACCUGCGCCGGAUCUUCCACCGGCUCGACCGCAACGGCGACGGCCUCCUCAGCAUCGACGAGCUCGGCUGGCUCCUCGACCGAAUCGGAUCGUCCCUCCACUUCACCAGCGACGAGCUUGAGUCCUCCGUCGGGAAAUCCGCCCUCGACUUCGACGAGUUCCUCGCCUUCUGCCGCUCGAUCGAGGGCGAUGGCGGCGAAUCGGCGGCGGCGGUGGAGAGGGAUCUGGAAGAGGCGUUCCGAGUGUUCGACUUAAACGGCGACGGAUUGAUAACGAGCGAGGAGCUGCAGAAGGUGCUGUCGAGGUUGGGGCUGUGGGACGAGACCACGGGGAAGGACUGCCGCCGGAUGAUUUCGCCCUACGAUUCCAAUCUCGACGGCGCGCUUGACCUUGAAGAGUUCAAGAACAUGAUGCUCCAAACGACGCCGUCCUCAGCAUCCGCCUAGAGAGAAUGGGCAGAGGAAUGGAAUUUUUGCCGGAUUUUUUUGAUGAAUCGGACGGUGGAGAUUGAGUUGAGAGCGGUUGCAUCGUGGGUUGCAUGACAGGAGAUCCGGUUUGUAAUUGUUUUUUGUUUUGUUUUUUAGUUUAUGAAUUUUAAUUGUAUGUUAGGUGUAGAUAAUUGAAUGUGUAGGGAUUAUUAUUGUUAUUAAUUAAAGAUCGAUGGGAAAUUAAUGAAAUUUGGAAGUUGGGAGGGGGGCGUUAUUACUUAUUAGUUCAUCGGUGAUCUAUCUACCGGAUUCUAGACAGCCCACGCGGGAACGGCUACGGUGCUAAUUGUACAAUAGUUAGCACCAUCCUAACCAAGGAAAAAACUAUUACUAGUUUGAAUUAGUAGUGAUUUAACUUAAAUGUUGUACAAUAGUUAGCACCAUCCUAACCAAGGAAAAAACUAUUACUAGUUUGAAUUAGUAGUGAUUUAGCUUAAAUGUUGUAUUGAUUUUAUAAUAAUGCGUAGUGAUUUCGUUAUUUUUAGUAGCGUUUUUUGCUAGUUAUCACGGUGCUAACCCCUAUAAGGGUUAGCACCUAAUCCCAUCCCCAGCCCACGCUUAUUUUAGUCGAUUAUUUACGUGUUGAAAACUGAAAUUUUGAGCGCGGCACUACCUAUUGUUUUCCCGGUGAGAAAAACUAGAUUGAAUAGAGUUGAAUGCACCUUGAUUUCCUUCCAAAACGAUUAACAAACACAUUUCUACACCUUUUUGAACAAAGUUCAAAUAAGGGUAUUUAAUGUUUUCAUGAACUACGAGACAUAUCUACAUUAAAUUAUUCCUGCUCUUAUGGAGCUUCACUGAAAGCUCCAGAACUACGACUAUGGCUAAAAUUGCAAGGAAAAUAGAAAAAGGAUAAAAAUGCACAAGUAGUGCCGAGUUGUGAUUUUUGUGAACCCCUUCUCUAUCAUCUUCACCCUCUAUUUAUAGCCACAAGAAAUAAUUGUCUCCGGGAAUUGCUCCGCUGACGUGAAGUGACGGUUGUCCUCUCAAAUGCUCAGAUUAUGCCGGGACAUUGGUUGUAGUCCCCUCUUCAGUCUUGACUCCCUCCUCUUGAUAGCUCCUCAUUACCUUUGCUUGUUAGUUGAGAAACAAGACGAAGACAUGAAGACCGUCUUGCCACAUGUGGGUGGGUGUUUGGGUCACACAGGAUAAAAAUAGCAAAAUAAAUUCACCACUACGUAAGCGGCAUACUUUGCCAAAUUUUGACCAUAUUUCAUCCACCAAGGGGUAUAUUGUGCCGUCAUACCAUGGGGGUGCAUGUUUAUCAUGACCACACCAUGGGUACCUCAUCUUCUUUACCCCAAAUUACCCCCUAGUGUGGCACCAUGGGAUAUGUUGAUGACCCCCCUAAUCACACAAGGGUGUCUUCUUGUUUUGACCAAAUUCGGUCAUCGAUCCCCUUUAACCACGCUAUCUCUUAGUAUUGUAUCAUGGGGGGUGCUAGGUUGAUGUCUUGAUGAUCCCCUCGACCAUGCCAUGUGGGUGCUCCACGCCAUCUCUCUCCACGGGGGUGAUAUGUUGAUGACACCCGGAGCACACCAUUGGAGGUGGUAUGUGGAUGACCCCCUCGCCAUGAGGCGGAGUGGAUCUUCCGGUGGUGCAUACAUAAUGGUAUGGGUACCCAUGGGCUCAAAACUCAAUCCACGUGGCUCAUCUUAAUUUAUUUUAACUGUUAUAAUUAACUUUACCUUAUAGAUUUAUUUAAUUUAAUCCUUUGUAGUUAAUUAAUGUGAUAUAAGAUUAAAUUUUGAUGUAAACACCUACUAAUUAAUGAACAAGGAUUUGGCCU